AGAAGAAUAAAAGCUCCUCAAAAUCCAGUCCAGAAUCUCUGGCUAAGGAGGAAAAGAACACUUAGAAACAUGGCAUUCGAUGGUACAUGGAAGGUGGACCGCAAUGAGAACUAUGACAAAUUCAUGGAAAAAAUGGGCAUCAAUAUGGUCAAAAGAAAGCUGGCAGCCCACGACAACUUGAAGAUAACGAUUACCCAAACAGGAAAUAAGAUGACUGUCAAUGAAUCCAGUACCUUCCGAACCAUCGAAAUCGUGUUUGAGCUGGGAGUGGACUUUGUGUACAGCAUGGCUGAUGGAACGCAGCUCAACGGGAACUGGAACAUGGAAGGAAGCAAGCUCGUUGGCAAAUUCAAACGGAUGGAUAACGGAAAGGACCUGAACACGGUGCGAGAAAUUGUAGGGGAUGAAUUGGUCCAGAUCUAUGAAUAUGAAGGUGUGGAAGCCAAAAGAAUCUUCAAAAGAGCUUGAAAGACGGCUGGGGAGCUCAGCCCGGAGCACCUUCCAAAGCAGCUUUGUGUUUGUUUGUUUGUUUGUUUCCCCCUCUCUCUUUGUCCAUCAACUAUAAAGUUACUGCUGGAUUCACUGACUGACUGACUGACUCUGUUGUGAUGUUCAGUCUUAUCUCCCAAAGGAAAAAAUGAAAAAGCCAAUUAGGACUGACUUUGUAUUGCUUGCAUCCUCCCAGACCCAUCAGAGUGUGCCAUUGCCUCAGCUUACCACUUGAAUGUGUGUGUGUAUUUUUUUAAGGAAAAUAAAGAUGGUCAAAUUCCUCUCAUC